AGUCAAUCAUUAACGCCUAUCGUCUGAGAGGAAGCGCACAGAUCAACACGGAAAUGUCAGCACAGAAGAAAACUGCUCCAAACAGCGUGAGGAUUCAUCCCUGAUCAGAGGACGGUGUGCACAGGUGUGAAGUUAUACAGAGAAUGGGGAGGACGACAAACUGCAGCUGGAUUGAGCCUGAGAUCCCGCUGUCAUCACAGUUCUUUAGUGUCAUCAAAGAUGAGCUGUGGCUCUUCCUCAUCCCGGCUGGCCUGGCUGUCAUCAUCCUCGGUGUGUUUCUAGAGGAGUUGGGCUUCUUCCUGCGCCACACCCGCUCGUCCAGGCGGAGACGGCUCUACCUGUGGAUAUUAGGGAUGUACCCGGUGUUUGUAAUCACCUCCCUCAUCGCGCUGUAUGUGCCUCGCUCCUCCUCUCUGUGUAAUUUCAUCGCCUCACUGUAUCACUCCAUCACCUUGCUGAAGUUCAUGGGGCUGAUCACAGACUUCUUCGGAGGGAAAGCUCGGAUGCUCUCCGCUCUGUCGGGACAGCAGGUAUCUCCGGAUCCGUUCCCCUGCUGCUGCUGCUGCUGCCUCCCCAUGGUGUCCAUCAACAGCAGCAGCCGUGUUUGGAUGAUGGCGGCUGUGCUGCAGCUCUCUGUGGUCCGCAGUAUUUUGUUCUUUGUCACUCUGGUUCUGUGGACAGAUGAACAGUACGACUACGGUGAUGUUGAUUCUGUCGACCCCAACCUGUAUGUGAACGCCGUCAUAUGCGUGUCAACAUUUUUGUCAUUUUAUGGCCACCUCCUGUUCUACAAAGCCACAAAGAGCGCUCUACAUGGCUAUGGCCUCAGAGCCAAAUUCAUCUGCAUCAUCGUGGUGUUGGUGCUAUGCGGCCUGCAGAGCGGCAUUUUGGAGACCAUGGGAGCUCUGGAGGUGAUCCCCUGCACACCGCCCUUCUCUGUCCUCACCAGGUCCCAGUUGAUCUACCACUACUGUGUCAUCGUGGAGAUGUUCUGCAUUGGCUUAUACGCCCGCCACACUUUCCGUAAGGUGGAGCCGUUUCUGAUGGAGGAUGUGGAGAUGGCAGUCAGCGUGAUGGAGAAGGCUGUUCAAACAGACGACAUUCAGAGAACUCAUCCAGACCCAGGCUGUCUGUCUGAGGAGGUCUGGCCCUCCCGUGGGAGCAUCAGUGCCUCCAAUCCCAGCUACAGUAACAUAGAGGACAGUCUGUGCAAGAUAGAGCAUGCACCUCUGGAGGGUUUCCUCUUCCCUCCAACCAGAGGUCAGAGGUCACGCAGACCAGAACCAGUGGAGCUAAGGUCUGCAGAGGAGCCUGAUGCAGACGUGACCCACAUUACUGUCAGGGCUGAUGUCAACUAUCAGGACUCAAAGGAUGUCACUGUUGUUUAACAAAGAAAGGAAGGCAGACCUGAAACACACAGUGAUGAUCACAUGGGGAUGUUGAUGGCUUGGAUCUGUGGCCAUAGAUCCAGCAACCUGUGCUGAGACGAAAAAUGCAACAAUGAGGAGUCCCCAAACCUUUACAGCUUAUGUUUUAAAGGUUUUAAGGUUUUAAACUGUGCAAUACUGACACAAGACGCUACAGAAUGAGGAGACUUUCAUUACUCGGACUUGUCAUUGUCAAAGUUUCCAGAAAUGUUGCAGCUUCAAGCUCCGUAAAAUCUUCAGACCUGAUUAUUUUACUACUUCCUUAUAGUUUUUUGUACAUAUUUAUGCCACACAAGUAAUGUCAGCUCUUUUUUCCCCCAUGCAUUGUUUGA